UGUCCAAAAUGUCAUGUAUCGUUCACAAAAGCUGAUGGAUGUAAUAAAAUGACAUGUAGAUGUGGUUACGUUAUGUGCUAUUUAUGUAGAAAAGAUUUACGACAAGAAUCUUACGCUCAUUGUCAAAAAUGUAAGAAGUGUAAUAAAUGUGAUUUAUAUAAAACUGAAGACGAAGAAAAGGUUAUCAGGGAAGCUGCUACAAAGGCUCGUAACGAAUUUUUAAAGUCUCAUCCUGAGGCGAGGGAUGUAAGUCUUUUAGAAAAUACUUCUAUCGGUCCUGUCGCUACUGAAAGUAUGUAUUCAAAAUUUUAUUUGUGA